CUCCGAAUUCACGUUUGCCCAUUUUCGGGUCGGUCACUUCCGAGAAGCCUUCCCACCCAGCCGUUGUAGACGGCAAAAGCAUAGGUUGCGGAGCCAGCGACGGAAUCUAGCGAUGAGGGCUGUAACAGACUUUUCCACGGCGUUCGCUUGGGUUACCACGGUGAUCACCAGUUCGGCGGCGGCGCUGUUAAUUCGCCUUUCUCGGAAAAGAGCGGGCGGUUCAUAUCAAGAUUCCACCGCUAUCAUGUUAUCGGAGAGCCUCAAGCUAUUGGUGUACGUCAUUGGGAUACGUUUUCAAAGGUCAACAAAUCAAGCUACAGUUCCUGAGCAGGGCACUGUAGGUAUGCGAGCGAUCGUAAGUUGUCAAGGAGGUCCCAAGGUGCUAUUAGCUGCGGGGCUACUUUUCAGUCACAACUAUUUGAAAUUCAUUGCCUCCUCAUGCCUGGGCGUUGCGCAAGUUUUAUCCCUUAACCAGAUGUCGAUUUGCACCGCUGCGGUCUUCGCAACUUUCCUCCUAGGCCAUGCCGUGGCCAUUCGGGAGCGCUUUGCCUUAGCCGUUCUGGUUGUGGGAGCUAUCAUAGUACAGCUUCCUAAGAACCUGAACGGCCCUUCCGAGAAUUCCUUUGGUCUAUGGUCCGGGAUUCUUGUUCCGUGGAUAUCUGGUUUUUUCGAAACCUAUAUGCAGUCUGCGAAAGUGUCCCGCUCGUCACAGUUAGGGCUAAACCUGGAACUCAGCGUGUACUCCGUCACCCUCUCACUGUUCGCUGUCGCAGUGCAGAGCGGAGCAAAACUGCGGGAAGGCCAAGACUGGAUCUGGAGCGGAUACUCAGUGUGGACAUGGCUGGCAAUUGUUGCACAUGGGUUGAACGGCCUCACCUUCUCGAAUGCCCUUAACAGCCUUAGUAGAACUCAUAGGAACUCUGCUGGGGCGUGCGCCAUGAUUCUGAGCAGUUUCGCUGCAGUACGCAUACUUGAUGAAGCUUUUACGUUGUACGUGACCUUAGGCCUGUUUUUGAUCUUCUUCGCUACCAUUCAAUGCAACUGCUGGGAUAGCUUCAGUAAGAUCGGAACCAUAUCUUACGGCAUUGUCCGUAGCGACGGGACCUCCGCUAAACAUUUCCGACAACGGAAUGUGUCAAGAUCGAUUUUCCGGCCGAUGCUGAGCAUGUCCGGCGGGAUAUUAGUCAUAUUAUUGGUGUGGACUACCAGGUGGACGUUCUUAUAUUCCGUGACUCCAGCGUUCUUGACUCCAAGCAUCCCGUGCACCUUCAAUCACACGGGUCCGCUACACGACGAAGAUCUGAACUGCUUGAUAGAAGUCUUUCCCUUCGCUACCCCGACGAAAUUAAGGCCCGUCGUCAACGGCACUCACAAGAUCAAAGGCAUUUCAUGGAAUGAUGGAACUCCUCCGAUCGCGUAUCCCAGCUUCUUGAGCUGAUUCGCAGCUUACAUCGGCACAUCCUUACGCCAUUCGAGAUCGUUAUCAUGGAUCAGAAUUCAACGUAUCCGCAAGCGGUAAAUUUUGUGAGCAGACUCGAAGAAUCCGGUGUCACUAUCCUGCGAGUGACUGAUCCAUGGAACACCUUCGACGAGCUCUACUACGUGUUUGUUCGUUUGCUUAACAAAUACAUGGAAACAAGUAACGCCAGCUACUACAUCCUUACCGACCCCGAUACCGCCCUUGAUAAUGCCCCUGGCGAUGUGCUGCAAGUCUAUCAAUCCGUACUGGACGUCAAUAACUUGUAUAGCGUUGGGGCGGCCAUCCGGUGGGACGACUUACCCGACGAGCUUCGCGAUGGUCAUAUGAUGUGGGAACAAGUGAUGGUUACGUUACCUGCACAGUGCCAUGUGUAUCGGAGCGCAUGCUAU